GCGUGGGGUGAAAUCUGGCUGCAAGAUUUUAACCAGAGAGAGAGUGUGAGUGAUAAAGCAGAGGGGGGAAUAAAUGAGCAUUAAAGAGCUGGAGGAGGAGGCUAACGCUGGAUGGCUCAAAGAGAAGUGAAGCCCAGGAGUCUGAACUUUUUACAAAGAGGAAAAAACAUUUUGUUGCUGAUGUAUGAGGAGAAUGAUUUACCGACUGAUGCUGGAGUUGGAUGUUAAGCAGACUGAAUAUUGACCUCACCCCCAUCUUUGCUUUAUUUUUACUGUUUUCUUGCUCUGCUUCCAAAAAGCUGCGUUUUUAUCAUUUUUUUUCUUGUUGUGCAAAAAUUUGCGAAGUGGAGACGCGAGCGAGUGCCGAGCCCCCGAGCCCGGCACAGCCUGAGAGCAGCUCCCCUCGGCCGGGAGCGAGUGAGAGCCGCGGCCGCCUCUCAGCCACAGGGCGGCGGCUCCGCAGAAUGGCUCGCCUCGCUGCCGAGCUCCUGCUGCUACUGGGGCUCCUCAUUCUCACCAUCCACAUCACAGUCCUCAGGAGCAUCCCCCUGGGUCAACAGACAGCCAACAGCACCGAGGAACGCACUGCACAGAACAGUGUUAAUAUGGGGAAAUCUUCGUCUGCCAGUUCUGCUCGCACUGCCGAUUCGGUGAGAGGGUACGAUGGGAAGGACAAUGCUUCUCAUUACCAGACAGAGCACAGAACUUUUCCAAAGCCCCAGACGCGACAGGAGGAUGCACGAGCGCCCUAUCAGAGAGAUGGUCCCAGGACGUUCCUCUUAGAUCUGGAAAACUUCCCUGACCUGUCCAAAGUGGAUAUCAAUGGACAGAACCCCAACAUACAGGUCACGAUUGAGGUCGUAGAUGGAACUGAAAUAGAGGCAGAAAGAGAUUUACGGAGAGUAACCAAGCCAAGCUGGCCUGUGCCAUCAUCUGACUGGAGAAAUUGGUGGCAAAAAUCGUCCGCAACCGCUCCCCAGAGUGAUAGCGAUCAGGAAAACGGCCGCGACGGUGAAGACAGCAAUUUCCUAAACCCUGUGGGCAGCUGGGAUAGAAGCACAGUUACUCAUCGGAGGUGGCAAUCCAAGGGGCAGGCUGAAUAUGAUUACGCAGAUGGAGAGGGCGACUGGAGCCCUUGGUCACUCUGUAGCGUAACCUGCGGCAGUGGCAACCAAAAGCGUACCAGGUCCUGCGGGUAUGCCUGUACUGCCACUGAAUCACGGUCGUGUGACAUGCCAAACUGUCCUGGAAUUGAAGACACUUUCAAGACUGCAGCCACGGAAAUGAGUCUAAUGGCUGGAGGUGAAGAUAUAAAUGCUACAGAAUUAUUCGGAAUAGAUACUGACAGCUGUGAAAGAUGGAUGAACUGUAAGAGUGAGUUCCUGAAGAAGUACAUGCACAAAGUUGUGAACGACCUUCCCAGCUGCCCUUGUUCCUAUCCAACAGAGAUUGCCUACAGCACGACUGAUAUCUUCGACCGACCGAAACAGAAGGACUUUCGCUGGAAGGAUGCAAGUGGUCCCAAGGAGCGCCUGGAGAUCUACAAACCAACUGCGCGCUACUGUAUCCGCUCUAUGCUGUCCCUGGAGAGCACAACGCUGGCUGCACAGCACUGUUGCUAUGAUGAGAACAUGCAACUAAUCACGCGGGGUAAAGGUGGAGGCACACCAAACCUUAUCAGCACCGAGUUCUCAGCGGACCUGCAUUAUAAAGUGGACAUUCUUCCAUGGAUCAUUUGCAAAGGGGACUGGAGCCGGUACAAUGAGGUCAGACCCCCAAACAAUGGUCUAAAAUGCACAGAAAACCCUUCAGAUGAAGUUUACGAAAGGCAGUUCCAAGAAGCCAGGGAAUAUUAAAAGCAGUUUCCUUCCUGGAAUCGGAUUAAUAGACUGAACGCUCACUGCCACUUUCUGGAGAAGCUAUUUCAUUUCCAUGUGUGGAAAGACAUCCAGUUCACUGGAUAUGUGCACCCAAAAUUAAAAUACCAUAGAACAGAGUUCAGUCACUUGGCACCUUGUUGAUGCUUUGCUUUGCCUGCUCCAAACUUUUGAGGACCGAAUUUUUUUUGGCAGCAGCAGGCUAAUAGUUCAAAGGGAAAGCUGUGCCCCAUUUUUGAACACAGGCAAUCAAAGGGAAACACAUUUGUUUAAUCUAAUUCCGUUAGAGGGAACUGCGAGGGUGUGUGUGUGUCUGUGUGUGUAUGUAUGUAUGUGUGGGGAGACAACCCACAGUAUUCAAAGCAUUCUGUGGAUUGGAGGUAUUUUCAGUGAAUUGAAGUAUAAACAAAGGAAGUGGCACUUUUAAAAGUUUUGUCCUUCCCCACCCCCCUCACCCCCAGCCCAUUGGCUUUCAUAUGCUCUUGAGACCCCUCAAGAGAUUGUUUAUAAGGUAUCGCUUGUACUGAAUGCAAAAAUAUGUUACAGAGAAUCUCACUUUGUAAAGUUGUGACAGAGAAUUUUCUC